CAGUUACUGGCCGACCACCAUCUUGUGCAAAGUGAGCGAGAAGGCGAGCAGGAAAGGAAAACACUUUAUAUUUUCAAGUCCUGUGUUGUUCUGGGAGGACAUAGGACCCCAGCAACACAUCCCAUAGGUGCAGAAGGAACUGUUGAUGCAGCAAUGAACAACAACCCACACGGCAUGGCAGCCUGGCACAGCGGCGGUGGCGGUGGUGCGCAGGGUGGUGGUGGCUGGUUCAUGCCCUAUGGAGGCUACCCCAACACCUACAAUGGCCCCCCUGGUCCCCCCGGCCCCCCACAGCAAGGGUGGAAUGGCUAUGGUGGGCCAGGUGGAUAUGGCCCUUAUAGUGGUUACCAAUCCCCCUGGGCUUAUGGAGUGCCCCCAGGGAUGCCAGGGCCACCCCAGCCACAGGGUGAUGGAUCCAACACUAACAACAACAACAACAGCAACAACAAUAACAAUAACAAGAAGAAUAAUGGCAACAACUCAGUCAGUGACAACAACCCUCCACUGCCUCCCGGCCCACCACCCCCUGGCACACAGGGCAAGGGGGAGCAGGGUAAGGGGGGCCAGAGCAACCAGAAGGGUGGUGACAAGGGGCAGGAUAAGGCAGCAGGAGGUGGCCAGAUGCAGGGCUAUGUGCAGGACUACAACCACGGCUACAGUCAGGGCUAUGGUGCUCCCUACGGCCAAGGCUAUGAUGGGUUUGGCUAUGGGGGCGGCUGGUAUGGGCCCCAAGGUCCUCAGGCCCCGCAGCAGCCCCCACAGCAGUCCCCUCAGGCAUACCAUCAGCCUCCAAUGGGUCGCAGUGGCCCUUCUACAGUGUCGUCUGGUCCCAUUAAGUUCAACCUGCCCAGUAAGAAGGGACUGGGCUACAAUGCCUUCCAGCAGCAGCAGGGCAUGCAGCAGCAGGAACAGCAGCAGCACCAGCAACAACAGCAGCAGCAGCAGCAGCAGCAGCAACAACAACAGCAGCAGCAGCUCCAGCAACAGCAGCAACAUCAACAACAGGAGCAGCAGAAGCAAAAUGAACAGCAACAGCAGCAGCAACAACAACAACAACAACAACAACAACAACAACAACAGAUGUUGCAGCAGAUUCCCCAGCAGCAGCAACAGCAGCAAAUGCAGAACAUGAACAGCAAGAAAAAGAACAAGAAGAACAAGAACAAUGUGAUUAUGUCCAACAACCCCUGGACCAAGAUGCAGCACCUGGACAAGCCAGUGCAGCAGCAGAUACCCCCACCACAGCUGCCCCCCCCACAGCAGCACCAUGACCCCAACAACAUGAUGAACGAGAAGGAGAACGCAGCGUCUGGCCAGAGCGCAAUGAACAUCUUCCAAAACACCACCGAGAAGCAAAGUCUGAUGAACAAGGCUGCUGAGAAGACCUGCCUCAAGGAGAUCAAGGGCAUGACGGGCCUGGUGGCGACUGGUGACUGGCCCGAGAGCCUCAAAGCUUACGUGGGGCGCUGCUUUGCCCGCUGCCAGACAGAACUGGACAAGGAUCAGGUGGAAAUCUGCCUCAAAGGGAAACUCACCCAGGCAGCAAACAACGGCACUCUUUGGACCAAGAACUGGGACGAGGAGUCACUGCCGAGCAUACACAGCGAAUCCACCGCCAACCUCCUCUCACACAUCAAGAACUGGAACGCCACCAACAACACCAACACCACCAACACCAUCACUAACGGGAGCAGCGGUGGCAGCAACAACAACUCAGCCUCCGAGGGCACACCAAGUCCCAUCAAGACACCACAGAGCAAGAAGCCAAACUACAAGAAACAGCACAUGUCUCUGGGUUACUCUGUGCACAGUGUCAAACAGUCUCCAGCUUCACACCUUCCCAUCAGAUCUUCGCGCUCCAGGUCGAGGUCACGCACUCGAUCCAGGUCCUCUUCAUCAAGGUCAAGAUCCAGGUCACGGUCGCCAGCCUAUCGCAGGGCUCGGCGGGACAGCAAGCGCCGCCACUCCUCAGGGUCAGAGGAGGAGAGCAAGGGGUACAUCAGGCUGAGCAAUAAGCGAGGCCGCAGUCCCUUUGUCGGGCGAGGACGAGGGAACAAAAAGAUGAAGGGGAAGAACAAUCGCGCUGAGUCACACUUCUACUCCAAGCACGGGCGAAUGAACCUUGAUCCUGAGUUUAGCACAUCAGAGCGGCUGCAGAAGAGGGCGGCUCGCUUCAGUGGUGGGCUGGACAUGGGGCCGCCCAGGAAGAAGAAGCCACUCAACAUCACCAAGACCAUCAGUAACACCAAGCUGCUGAGUAACUCCUUCACUAUUGAUGGGGAUGAUAUUGACUGGAGCUCCAUCCACAUCGUCGGGACCUCCACCACCCUUGAGAAGAAUUACUUGCGGCUGACGGCGGCCCCAGACCCAUCAACAGUGAGGACAGUGGACACACUCAAGAAAUCGCUGGAGCACAUCAAACGUCAGUGGGUCAAGAAUCAGGACUACCGGUAUGCAUGUGACCAGCUCAAGUCCUUACGGCAAGACCUGACCAUCCAGGGUAUCAGGAAUGAGUUCACUGUGCAGGUGUACGAGACGCAUUCCAGGAUAGCGCUGGAGAAGGGAGACCACGAGGAGUUCAACCAGUGCCAGAGUCAGCUGAAGCAACUUUACUCAGAGGUUGGGGGUGAGAAUGCCCUGGAGUUUGUGGCAUACAGACUCCUCUACUACAUCUUCACCAAGAACACAUUAGACAUCACAUCCCUCAUGGCCGGCCUGUCCAGCGAACAGAAAGAGAACGAGUGCAUCGGCUUCUCCCUCAAGCUGCGCGCCGCCUGGUCGCUGGGGAACUACCACCGCUUCUUCAAGCUGUAUCGUGUCGCCCCCAAGAUGGCAGGCUACCUUGUUGACUGGUUUGCUGACAGGGAGCGGAGGCAGGCUCUCAGGGCAAUGCUUAAAGGGUUUGUAUUCCAUGGUAACCUGUUUGAAAUACCACUAAGUACACUCAGUUUGUUGAUAUUUCUAUUUGCUUCAAAGCUCUCAAGUUUAUAUUCACUCAUACACUGGACAGGGGAAUUUAUUUUUAUUGCCAGUCUAAUGCUCUUGAAGUUAGGUAGAUUUGAUUGAACAAGCUAUAAUGAAUAGUUAUUAGAAUUAUUACAGCCAGACUGCAUUUGAUUAAUAAACGUUUAACUUUAUACUCUUGUGAAGUGUUCGUUGUAAUGCAAGAUUUAUGAAUUGUCAUAGCAGCUGUUGUAAUCAGUCCCUGUGCCUUCUCUUGUGAUGUUGCCUAUUCAGAUACCAAUCACUGAUGUUUUUUAAAGUACUCACAGAAUAGCUUUUUCACCAUCUAUUGAUUCCUUACUUCUAAGUCUUUCAUCAGGAAAUCUUCACUCUGACUUACCAACUGUUACAGUUCACAUUGAUAUUCUUCCCUCUUCAGCCUCUUCCACUUCAUAUCAUUCAUGCACCUUUUCUUAUUACUCAGGUGUUUUUGAGGAGACAGAAAUACAACACACACACACACACACACACACACACACACACACACACACACACACACACACUUUAUUUGAUGCCAGUUUCCUUAACCGUUCUCCUCUUGGUAUGGUAAGCAUUCAUUCUAAAACACCCAUAAAAAAAAUAAUUUGGCAUCUUUCCUGCCGUUUUGUCUGACAGGUGUCAUGAGUCAAUGGUGAUGGAAUUGUGUCCAUAGAUCUGUCACAGGAAUUUGAAAAUAAGUCAAUUGUCUGGAGGCCAAGGGUUGAGGGGGCACACGUACAGACAUUCUUCGUAACAGUACACGUUUGUCUUGCCUACUGAUGGUGUGGAUUGCUCUUUUGUUGAGACCAGUAUUAUUCCUACCUCAUUGUGCUUAUUUGACCAUUUUUUUGUUUUUAGUUCAGUAUGUUUAAGCUAUUGUGGAUAUACUGGAUGUUUUUAUUCCAACACUUGACUCUUACUCAAAAUAUAAUGUAUAUUUCUUUCCAGGUAUUUUAUUUUUAUUGCAUAAUUGGAAAGUGAGUAUGCUAUCAGUUAUUUCAGAAGCAGUGGCAGCAGACACUGAUUGCUGCUGUCCUGUUUAGUCUUCAUAAGCUGCACAAGAAGAGGAGCGAGUGCAGAUACUUAAUCUUGUCUUCUUGUUUCCCUAUAGCUAUCGGCCGGGUAGUCUAGAUGUCAGUUUUAUUAGGUCGGAGUUGGCGCUCGGGACUCAAGAGGAGUGGCAGAAAUUUGAGAGCGCCGUGAGCUUGGUGUAUACCGACGCGACAAAGACUAAAAUCGACUGCAAACAAUCGUCUGCUGAAGCCCCAGCAAGCUAGGAACUCAGUGAAACACGGAAAACAGUUGUACAAAAUUUUUAUCUCGCCUGCAAUAAGGCAGAAGUGACAAGUUCCCCUUCAAAAGGCUAGUUGCAAGGGUGGGGUGUGUGUAUGUAUGUGUGAUGUUGAUGGUUGUCUGGUGUGCAAAGUGAAUAUAACCAAAGAACCUAAAUUUGGACGGUGUUUGUGGAGUCGCCGAAGAUAUUUCUUCUUCCGAGCUGUGAAGACUAUCACGUUCACUGAACCUUUGCUGGGAUGCUGUCGAGUGGACGUUUUUUGAUUGAAGCACAGAAGUCAGUUGGUGUAUAUAGCGUUAGUUGAUUUGCAGUUAAGCGCUGGCGAUUGAGUAAUUCAAACACACCUUACCAAACAUGGGAACUGAACCUUGGGAAGCUGUGGACUGUGGUUGGCUUUCUUAAUGCUGUGAAAAGCAAGAUUCCUUUCAAGCUAAAGUCUGUGAACAAUCCUGUUGCUUGGGCUGUAUUGGUGUGCACAAACCAUCUGCACACAUUUCUUUCACCACCUUUACUGUGUUAGAACUAAAGCUAUUGGAUUAUAGUUCAUUUGUGCACUUUGUUCCUCCUGUCACUUGUAGGAUGAAAACAAGUCAGGCAUGCAUCACGCUUUCCUCUCACUACUUCAUCGCAAACCACCAUGCCCCAUGCCAUAGUCAUCCUCACCAGCACCAUCAACACCACUAAACAGAAGACUUCAGCAAGCUGGUGAUGGGUCACAUGCACAUCAGUAAGAGCAACAUCUUCAGGAACCAUCUCGUCAGGUAGUAGAGAGUUACACAGUGCACAAAGUAUAGGAAGGUUGCUAGCAGUGAGCAAAGCAAGUGUAGCAUCAGAGGAUCUUCUCAACUUGUCUGUCUCCACGGCGACUCAGGAUCUUCAGUUUGUUAAGGGUCUGCACGGCACCUCAGGAUCUUCACCACAACGGAAGCGGGUGGAAGCUGUCCCUGUCCUGUGCUGUGGUGGAUAAGUUUCAGGUACCACUUCCUUUGCCUCACACAGCAUUGGGAUACAAGACACCAAGCAAACUCAGCCACAAGAUGGACAGGCAGCACCCUAGUGAGGUCCUGCAUCCCCAUUAAUCAGUCUUAUUUCCUCGCCUCUCUUUCUCAUUCAUUCUCAUGUAGAUGGUAGUGCUGACCCUUUAUGGUUCAAGUAGCAGGAUUCACAGUGAAGAUCAUUGAAAGGAAGUGUGCCAGUGUGCCUUAGGACUCUGAAAACAGGCCUGUGGCUGUAUAAAACUGAGAAUUCUUGAAGUGUGAGCAGUGACAUUAGCCAGGGGAGGGCGCAGUGACCGGUGGCUUCUAGAUAUUUGCACCGGGAGACCAUCUCGAUGGGUUUCCUGGUGUGAUGCCAGAAAGACGAGGAGGACUUGAAGACAGUUAGCACCAUAGUGGCGUGGGAGUUCCAGAGACUGAAGUGUUGGCAUGCAGUGCAGCGUGGGGGUAUCGCCAGCAGGUUUCCCGAGUUCCUGGUGCAUCUCCUUCAAGUAGAGCGGUUGGCAGUGGUAGCUUGCUGCUGCCCUCUGCUCAUGUUGUAAUGUUAUGGAACAUUAGCUUGUUCCCAGGUUUAUCCAGCAUUGUUCCAGCCUGUAGCAGUACAACUGCAGCCCACCAGCAUCCAGAAGUGUUCCAGCACCAAGAGAGCAGCCGUUCCUGUUUCCAGCCGAUUGGUGUUCCAGGGCAGCGUAGCAGUCUGUGUCAUCGUCCCAGUUGUUCCAGCAUAGCAGCCGUGGCCGUUGGUGUCCAGUGUUCCGGAGACACAUCCCACUCGACACGCCUUCCUGGCGGUGGCAGUAUAGUCCCCGGGUGGAGGCUCUGCAGGUGGUUCAUGAGCCACAUGCAACUUAUCUUUUUCUUUUUGUCCUGUAGCCAUCAUUUUGUUGGUUUCCCUCACCUUUUUUCACAAGUUUUCUUCUACACCAAGAGUAGCCAUGCCACCAUGCCACCCUUCCUGAUGCACUUGGUGUUUCCUGUCAGGUGUGGGUCAGAACAUGUACAUAAUGUACAAAAAUUGGCGUUGCCGAACUUAAUCUUCUAUAAUGACUUUAUCCGCUAGGAAGUAUGUUGAUGUGUGUCGACGCCAGCUCAUGGACGUCCUUACACGUCAGGAUUUUUCAUGUGUAGGAAUAUUACUUCCAUUCAAGAUGUGCAAGUCAUCUUACUUAUUUAACUUAAAUAUUAAUAUUAAGUACAAAUUUUCUUGUAGAUAUAGAGAGAAGCAAGAUUUACUGGUAACCCUUUUUCUUUCCUGUUAUUUAUUUUGAUAAUGAAGCAGCUCUACAUUAUUUUCAAAGAUGCUGUGAAGGGUGUUCUCAACUGAAGAGCUUAAAAAGAUAUUUUGUACAAAAAUAUACCCAAUAAAUAUUAAAGGGA